AUGACUAAUAAAAGCAAAACACCGUGGUGGUCAUACAUAUGGGACUACGACCCAGGGAGGUCACAGGAGGAGCGCCGUUUUAUCCGGAAACUCGACAUUUAUCUUAUUACCAUGCUAUCAUUCGGGUAUUUCAUCAAGAACUUAGACCAGACAAACAUCAGUAAUGCGUUCGUCAGUGGAAUGAAGGAAGACCUGGCGAUGAAUGGGAACCAGAUCAAUCUGAUUGAUACAGCAUGGACUGUUGGCUAUGUCGUAGGACAAAUUCCCUCUCAGAUCGUUCUUACAAAGGUUCGCCCGUCGAUAUGGGUACCAUCCUGUGAACUACUGUGGACGGUGUUGACCUUCUCGCUGGCGGCCGCUAAAACAUCGAACCACGUCAUUGUGAUUCGCUUCUUUGUGGGGUUGGCCGAGUCAAUAUUCUAUCCUGCUGCACACACGAUACUUGGAAGCUGGUAUAAGCCAAGUGAGCUAGGCAAGAGGGCGUGCAUUUUUCAUGCCUCGUCUGCGGCAGCAAGUAUGUUUAGUGGAUAUCUCCAAGCCGGUGUCUACAAAGGACUAAAUGGCGUUAACGGGCUCCCGGGUUGGAAGUGGCUGUUCAUUAUGGACGGCAUUGUCAGUCUGCCUAUCUGCAUUGCUGGGUACUUCUUACUUCCCGAUCUACCCGAGAACACAAGGGCGUUCUACCUAAAUGAGAAUGAUCGUGAUAUGGCCCGAAAGCGAAUGGCUUCUGUCGGCCGUGCCCCGCGCGCGAAACUUGGAAGAUCGGCCUUCAAGCGUAUCUUUGGGCGAUGGCAUAUCUAUCUGCUCUCCAUCCUGUACAUCAUCUUUAUCAAUCUCGGACCGUCAUCGAGCGUCAACCCAAUGUCACUGUGGCUCAAGGCAACGGGCCACUCGGUCACGCAGAUUAACAUCAUCCCCACGGCAGCCAGCGCCAUUCAGCUGGUCCUUACUGUCUCGUUCGCCAUAAUCUCUGAUGCCAUUCAACAUCGAGCGCGGAUCAUGUCAAUAUCCACGUUCUUAGGAGGGUUCGCAGCACUUGUCCUCGCCAUAUGGUACGUUCCAGAUGGUCUCAAGUGGUUUGCCUUCCUCCUGCAGAAGGCAUCUGUGCCGUACGGGCCGCUGAGCAUGAGCUGGGCGAACGAGAUCUGUGGCGCUGACGCGGAGGAGCGCGCCGUGGUUAUCGGCGUCAUGAACUCGCUCGGCUAUGCUUUCAACGCAUGGGUCCCACUGUUCACGUACCCUCAGGUGGACUCGCCAACGUUUCGCAAGGGGUUCAUCUUCACGACAGUCGCAUUUGGGGCACAGGCGCUUAUCACAGCCACGGUGGCUUUCAUGUACAAGCGCGAUCAGCGGAGAAACAAGAUAGAGACGACAAGAGAUGAGGAAGGAGUUGUUGUUAUCCGGCCAUCUGCCGAGGGAGCCGUGGCGCUUUAG